AUGUUAAGAUUUAUAUGUGGAUUAAUAUUAUUCUUAUAUGCUGAAGGAACAUCUAUAAAAGGGCUAUAUUGUAAAGAUCCGGAUACAGGCAAAUUAUACGCUGUGAAUUCGACGUGGCAGUCAGAAACAUUUUGUGGUAACUACACAUGUAAACUCAGAAAGAAGAAUAUCACUCAAACUGAAUACACACCUAUACAAAGAAUAAAUUUAACAGCGGAUACAUUAAAGAAACAUCAAAUAUUCGAUGACAUGUCCGUUAGUCCCAGUCAGAAAUCAGUAACAACUGUAAAGAAUUAUGAAAAUUUACAACCAGUGUUUCAUAAAGAUUUAAUGAGUAAAGUUCAUGAAUUAAACGAAAAUAACAGCGACGAAGAUAACAAUGAUAGAUAUUUGACGGAAGUAGAAAUAAAGAAAAUUACUGAAUUACUACACACUGUUAAGAAAAGCGACCUGGAAGCAAUCGUAGAAAUAUACAGCCUAGCACAGGAUAUAUAUAAAGAAAUGAACUCGACGACAGAGAAACCUAUUGAAAUAUCAAACAAUAUUAAUGAAGAUAAAAAAGAAGAUGUUAUGAAAACAUUAAAACCUAAUUCGCAAGAAACUGUUUCCUAUUGGUAUGAACCACUCCAUCAUCACCAUGCAAAAACUAAGACAGCUGACUCUAAGGUCGAAGAGACUUAUCCAACCCCAGUUGUACGUUCUUACCCACAUCCUUCAACGUACUUCAAAAGCCCUGGAGCUGAUAAAGAUUUCGGAAAGUUGCCCUAUUACUAUCCUCUAUCAAAUUUUCAGAGAAUGUCAUCCUACCUCCAUAAUAGAUUCCCAUUUACAAUAAAUUCUCCUCCACCACCAUGUAACAGACAACCUCAAAACACUGCUCCACAGACUUUAUUUACUCAACCCAUACCUCAAAGGAAGGUUUACCCUGAAUCAAUCAGGCAUCGAGAAGUGUUACCAAUGCAACCUGCACUUCUACCUUAUCCAUUCUCCUACGUAAAUCACUACAAUUUUAGUUCAUACCCAGGAAGCUUCUAUUACAAUAAUUAUCCAUGGGCCCAAUUAAACAGCUUUAAGAGAUACAAUAAGAAUCCUCAAAAUUUAAACCACGUAACAUUUGUACCUCAAAUAUCAAAACCAGAAGAAACUGUUAAGAGUGUUGAAUCAGAAGACAAAAAUGAAGAUACCGUAAAUAAUAUGCAAGAUAAUUAUGAUUCAGCUGAAAAUGAUGGAAAGAAAAAAUUACCAGAAUGGCAAACGGAUGAGCUAUCAAAAAACAUUUUAGAGGAAGUAAAAGCCAAUAUAUUAGAGAAAUCGAAAUUACUGAAGCCUCUGUCCUUAAGAAAAAAUAUUAAAAUAGAAAAGGUUGGAAAAGUCAUCAAGCUUGACGAGCUAUCGAGAUCUAAAAGAGAUAAAGUCUGGGGAGAAAAAGUAAUUGAUGAUAAAGAAAAUAUCCAAUUUGAAGCCUACAUCGAAAGAAAAACGUAA